AUGAUUUCUAAAUGUAGCAUAAAGUGCAGUGAAUCCUUUCUUCAGGAAUUGGUGAAGUGCAGUGAGAAACUUUUGUUGCAGUUCGAUGACUUGCUGAUCAGUUCAGAAGUGCUACCUGGAAAGAGUGAUCCUUUGAGAGCAAAGCAAGCAUCAGAUUUCCGUAAUCCCGAGUCAGAGAAAUUGAAAGUAAGCUUUGAAAAAAAGCGUGGCAUAUGGCCAGGUGUGUCACUUGUUGAAUUGUACACAAAAUCUUUGAUGAAGUCUCCAUUUUCAAAGAAAACAUCACCCUUGAUAAAUACAGUAAAGAACACUCUGCCCCAGCAAUCAACUUUUCAAUCAAGGAAUGACGUCUUCCAGAUUUAUGUGAGCAGCUUUGAGAGAAGAAUUGCAUCCAUGGAGAAGAGGAAGAAAAAAUUGUUGCAUGAAGAGCAAAGAUGGUUUGAACACUGGAAAACAUCAAUAGAAAAUAUUAAGCAAUUAUUUGUUUGA